UCAGUGCGCCGCGCGCGCACACGUGAGCAGCGUGGCAGGCAGCUAUAGAAGCAGAGCAAUGCGCUCAAGGCGAAUUCGUUACCUUGUGUAAGUUUGUGACGCGCUCAUUUGCAUAAACUGUACUUGUAGGGUGGGCUUGUUCAACGGGGAACACGGCCAACAAAAGUUUACCCUCCCAACUCAAACUACGAGGAUUCGCAAUGCAGACAGCAAAAGUUUCAGACACUCCUGUGGAGUUCAUCGUCGAGCACCUGCUGAAGGCAAAAGAGAUUGCAGAGAAUCAUGCAAGUGUUCCAGUCGAACUUCGUGAUAAUCUUCAGAAGGCUCUGGACAUUGCUAGUGGACUGGACGAAUACCUCGAACAAAUGAGCAGCAAGGAGAGUGAACCAUUGACUGAGUUGUAUAGGAAAUCAGUUUCUCAUGACUGGAAUAAGGUUCAUGCGGAUGGAAAAACCUUAUUUAGGCUUCCUGUUACAUGCAUCACCGGACAGGUAGAAGGUCAAGUAUUGAAGAUGCUGGUACAUAUGAGCAAAGCGAAGAGGGUCUUAGAGAUAGGAAUGUUCACAGGAUAUGGGGCCUUGUCAAUGGCAGAGGCCUUACCAGAAAAUGGCCAACUUAUCGCCUGUGAGCUUGAGCCUUACCUCAAAGACUUUGCACAACCUAUAUUUGAUAAAUCUCCUCAUGGGAAAAAGAUAACUGUGAAGACUGGACCUGCUAUGGAUACUCUGAAGGAAUUGGCUGCCACAGGAGAGCAGUUUGACAUGGUUUUUAUCGACGCGGACAAGCAGAACUACAUCAACUAUUAUAAGUUCCUCCUGGACCAUAACCUUCUGCGGAUCGAUGGUGUUAUAUGUGUCGACAACACGCUGUUUAAAGGCAGAGUUUACCUCAAGGACUCUGCGGAUGAAAUGGGAAAAGCAUUGCGAGAUUUUAAUCAGUUUGUCACAGCUGAUCCUCGAGUAGAGCAGGUCAUAAUUCCGCUGAGAGACGGACUCACUAUAAUACGAAGAGUGCCCUACACACCUCAGCCAAAGUCACAGAGUACUGCAGUGACCUAUGAUGAGGUGUUCAGAGGAGUCCAAGGGAAGGCAGUUCUGGACAGGUUACGUUUGGAUGGGAAAGUGGCCUAUGUAACAGGGGCCGGUCAAGGCAUCGGCAGGGCUUUCGCACAUGCUCUUGGAGAGGCUGGAGCCAAAGUCGCCAUCAUAGACAUGGACAGAGGAAAGGCUGAGGAUGUGGCGCAUGAACUGACUUUGAAAGGCGUUUUAAGCAUGGCUGUAGUAGCGGACAUUAGCAAACCAGAGGAUGUCCAGAAGAUGAUUGACGACAUCGUUUUAAAAUGGGGCACAAUUCACAUUGCUUGUAACAAUGCUGGCAUCAACAAAAACUCUGCAAGUGAGGACACCAGCUUAGAAGAAUGGGACCAAACCUUUAACGUGAACCUCAGAGGCACUUUCAUGUGCUGCCAGGCGGCCGGUCGUGUCAUGCUGAAGCAAGGAUACGGCAAGAUAAUCAACACAGCUUCCAUGGCCAGUUUAAUAGUGCCGCAUCCACAGAAGCAGCUGUCCUAUAACACGUCCAAAGCUGGAGUAGUGAAACUCACUCAAACCCUGGGCACAGAAUGGAUCGACCGAGGUGUUCGAGUCAAUUGCAUCUCACCUGGUAUUGUUGACACCCCUCUCAUCCAUUCAGAGAGUCUGGAGCCUCUAGUUCAGCGCUGGCUGUCAGAUAUCCCAGCCGGACGACUGGCUCAAGUGACAGACCUCCAAGCUGCAGUGGUAUACUUGGCAUCUGACGCCUCUGACUACAUGACAGGGCAUAACUUAGUCAUAGAGGGUGGUCAGAGUCUAUGGUAGAGAAAGUUUGCCUCUCGGAUUCAGUAACACUUUUAUUGACUGUUCCUAAAAUAUACCUGUUUUUAAUGAUUCAGUACAUUGGUAAAGGCAUGUACUGUACAUUUUAGGUAAUCAAAGGGUCCAGGAUAAGAACUCGUGUCUCAGUUGUACUGUAAGCUGUGUGUUAUUCAAACCUCACAUUACUGGGUCAGAUAAAGAGAGAUAUCCAAAAUGAACUAUUAGUGUGCCUUCAGGAACAGGGUUGGGAAACACUACUCUAUAGUGCAUUUUUUUGUAUGAGGUUUUCUUACAAUUGAACAAUUUUAUAAUAAACAUUACCUUUCACAA